CCUGUUUCAUACUCGUACAAAAAAAACAAAAAUAAUAAUACUUGUAGCAGUCAUUGUAUAUUGAUUCUGCCCUCUCUCUUGUGUGCAAUAUAUAAGUUACAGAGUAUAGUCUUGGUUUUUUUGGUUUUCUUUGAUUCCCAGUAUUUUAUUUCGUGGGGUGUUUGGUGGGAUAAUGGGGUUUUGUUACUUUCUUGAAUUCCCUUGUUAAAUCUUGUGUCUUUUAUCCGUUUCUUUUGCCAGAUUCCUCAACUUGUGCUCUUUCUAAUACUAUAAAUUAAGUAUAAAUCUUUCUUGGGUUCUUUUUAAACUUUUUUUUUUCCCUUCACACACCCCCACAUGCAUGUUUUUAGGUUUGUCUGAUCUGGAUUGGAUCACAAGGAUCUCUCUAGAGAGAGAGAGAGGUGGGGUUUUGGUGGCUUGAGAGUUUCUUUUGGAGAAUCUUGGUUUCUUUGAGAGUGGAAGAGAGCAAAGAAAGAAGGAAGUUAGAAGAAGGUUCUAAUUUGGGGCAUUGCUUAUCAGUGAUUUCUAUUGAGUUCUAUUGUUGGAUGAUUGAAUUGAAGUUUUGAGUUUGUGUAUAUUCUUGGCCUGCGUUGAUCUUAAUACAUUCCUGAGGGAUGGCGGGCAUUGAUAUUUCAAAAUAUGCCCACAGUCCUGUGCAUAAGGCCAUCGCAACAAAAAAUUAUGCCACUCUCAGGAAGAUAGUAGCUGGCCUUCCCCGUCUAUGCAAUCCAGCUGAGAUUCGGACUGAGGCAAUUUCAUUGGCCGAGGAAGAGAAGGCUGAAGCAAUUGCUGCUGCAAUUGAUAGGCGUGAUGUACCAAACCGUGACACUCCUCUUCACUUGGCUGUCAAAUUGGGUGAUGAGACUGCAACUGAGAUGCUAAUGGUUGCCGGUGCAGAUUGGAGUCUGCAGAACGAGCAGGGAUGGAGUGCUCUUCAAGAAGCCAUCUGCAAUAAAGAGGAAGGGAUUGCGAUGAUUAUUGUCAGGCAUUACCAGCCGUUGGCAUGGGCAAAGUGGUGUAGGAGGUUGCCUCGUCUGGUGGGAACAAUGCGAAGGAUGAGGGACUUCUACAUGGAAAUAACAUUCCAUUUUGAGAGUUCUGUGAUACCCUUCAUCUCGAGGAUUGCUCCUUCAGAUACUUACAAAAUUUGGAAGAGGGGUGCCAAUUUGAGGGCAGAUAUGACCAUGGCUGGUUUCGAUGGUUUCAGGAUUCAGCGUUCAGAUCAGAGUAUUCUUUUCCUCGGUGAUGGAUCUGAGGAUGGGAAAGUCCCUUCUGGAUCGCUUUGUAUGAUCACACACAAGGAUAAAGAGGUGAUGAAUGCUUUGGAUGGUGCUGGUUCUCCUGCAACCGACGAAGAGGUUCGGCAAGAAGUGGCUGCAAUGUCUCAGACUAAUAUAUUCAGGCCAGGGAUUGAUGUGACCCAAGCAGUUCUUUUGCCACAGCUGACUUGGAGGCGGCAGGAGAAAAUGGAAAUGGUGGGUUCAUGGAAGGCAAAGGUCUAUGACAUGCACAAUGUGGUUGUUAGCAUCAAAUCUAGAAAGGUCCCAGGGGCUAUGUCAGAUGAUGAGUUCUUCUCAUCUUCCAAUGAAAAUGAAACAGAAAGUGAGGAACUCGAUGACAUUUUGACAGUAGAAGAAAGAAGGCAACUGGAAGAUGCACUUAAAUUGGAUGCGUCGGAACUGAACUCUGAGAAUGGCGAGAAUGGUGAUGUGAUUAUUGCACAUCGUCAUAGUUGUUAUGAGCACAGGGAGAUUCCUAUUGAAGAUGCAAAUGGUUGUAUAAAUGGAGAGACUAAGCAGGAAAAGAAAGGGUGGUUUGGUGGUUGGAGGAAACGAGAUUCUAAAGUUGAAGGGCAUAAGAAAAUUGUUCCGCCAAGAAGUUCUCUUUGUGUGGAUGAGAAGGUGAGUGAUUUGCUAGGGGACUCUCCAUCUGGAAGUCAGCCUAAACCAGGAAGACAUUCUGUGGAGAUUGUUGUGAGGGAUGAGCACCGGAAAGGGAGAGAUAGCAAGGCAUCUACUUCUGUGAGUUCUGAGAGCAAUAAUCGUCGCAAGGAAGGAAGCCGUGAGAAUGAAUAUAAGAAAGGAUUAAGACCUACUCUUUGGCUCUCUCCAAACUUCCCUUUGCAAACUGAAGAACUUCUUCCACUGCUUGACAUUCUUGCAAACAAGGUUAAGGCAAUUCGUCGCUUAAGAGAGCUACUGACAACUAAACUUCCAAUGGGAACCUUUCCAGUUAAGGUUGCCAUUCCAGUAGUUCCCACCAUCAGGGUACUGGUUACAUUUACAAAGUUUGAAGAACUACAGCCACUGGAUGAAUUCUCAACACCGCCUUCAAGUCCUACGGCUGCGGGACGGGAAAGUCCAUUGGUCACGCAGUCCUCAACAUCAUCUUGGUUUCAGUGGAUAAAAGCCCCUUACCAACGCCCUGGCUCCUCUUCUGGUGGCUCUAGCAGUAGGAUAGAAAACAUUCAGGACCCAUUUGCUAUUCCUUCAGAGUAUACCUGGGUUACAGCUGAAGCGAAGAAAAAGAAGAUGCAGGAGAAGAACAAAUCAAAGAAAGCAAAAAAUCAUGGUCAUUAGGGACUUGCGUUGACAAUGUCAAAUAGGGAAUAGUGUCUUAUAAGACCACGGUAUUGUGACAAUGCGAGGAAAAAAAAAGCACCCUCCUAGUCGGGAGAAAAUUUGGUGCAUCAUUAUGGGGGUUGGAAAGGAAGAAAUAUUGUGAUUCUUUCUUACAACAAUUGCUUGGCCUGUAACAUGUUUUAACUUCAUUUUAGAUUAAUUUGUUUCACUACCUUCUCUAUGUGAUUGAUUUGUUAACUCCUUACUGACAAAACCAGCAAGUUACCUUUA